UUGAACGCUGCUGUAGAGUGUUUUCAGUUGGCCCUGGAUCAGUGUCCGUUCAGCCAUCCAGACCACGCGACAGCUCUCACCAACCUCGCAUGGGCCCGCCUUCAAGGGUAUAUUUUCAAGGACUAUCAAGAUAUCGACUCCACAAUUUCCCUCUUCCGCGAAGCCCUUGCAUUACGUCCGCUGCCUCAUCCCGAUCAUCUCCUAUCUCUAUACAAUCUCACCAGAGCGCUGAAUUGGCGUUAUCAUAAGACAAGUACUGCUGCUGACAUCUGCGAAAUCGCCUACCUCUAUCAUAAGCUCCUGCUUCUCUGUUCAGGUGGCACGUACCUUCGUAGCAUCGUGGCAAGGAAAAUUAGUAUCGAUAAUGUGAUCGUCAAAUGCAACAAUCUUCCAAUAGACGCAUCCGAUGAAGGCAUCCACCUUCGACGAGUUGUCCUCGAGCUGUGUCCUCAUGGUCAUCAGCUGAUUCAGCUCCGUCUCAGAGCCCGCUACAAUCUCGCACAAGCAGUUGAAGCACGUUUUGAUCAGCACGGCAACAUCGAUGAUCUUGACACAAGCAUACAACUUCGUCGUGAAGCCAUGUCUCUGAGCCCCGAGGGACAUGCUGACCGUCAUAUCCAUCUGAACAACUUGGCCGUCUCACUCGCAUUCCGCUUCGAUCACCAAGGCAAACUUAAUGACCUUGAUGAUGCCAUCUCUUUUUAUGAAGAAUCCCUGCACCUGUGCCCUGUCGAGGACGAAUCUCGUGAUUUUUCAUUAGACAACUUAGGGAGCGCCCUUGUCGCCCGUUUUACCAAACGUCGGAACGUUGUAGACCUCACUCGAGCUAUCACCCUCCAUCGCGAGGCACUGUCAUUGCGUCCAGCUGGGCAUCCACUUCGUGACAGCACUCUUAACCACCUUGCCCUCGCGCUUCAACAGAGACAUGACAUAUCACAUGCCAGCGAGUAUCUUAACGAGACCAUCGAUUUAUAUCACCAAUCUCUUCGGUCAACGCAGCUUGAUCCAGAGCGCUAUGUGACUCUUCACAAUUUGAGUGCAGUGCUCUGCUCUCGUUUCAUGCAGACUCAGGAUAAUGAAGAUGUCGAGGAGGCCAUUACUCUUUGCCAAGAGUCAUUGGCAGCUCUGUCUUCACUUCACCCGGACAGGUAUUUCAGCUACAUGCGGUUGCAGGUGGCCUAUGUGUCUCGUUAUCAGAUUCUACGCGACCCUGUUGAUUUGUCGCUCGCAGUGGAGAACUUCCGACUGGCAUCAAGGCAUCCUACUCAAAUAUUUCCGGAACGCAUCAUAAAGGCUAUUGACUGGGCUCGCCAAGCAGAGGUAUAUCAACAUGAAUCUGCCCUAGAAGCAUACCAAAUGUGCUUUGAGCUGUUUGACAGCCAUAUGAUGACGCAAUCGUCGGUCAUCUCACGGCGCGAGCUUGCAGCCGCUUUUCGUGGUGCGCGAUCACUUCCUGUAGAUGCAGCCUCGUGUGCCAUACGUCGUGACAAUCUACGACGGGCAGUCGAGCUCGUGGAGCAGGGCCGUGGCCAGCAGUGGUCACUGGUAUUGCGGCUCAGGACACCACUCGAAGACCUCAAGUCUAGGAAUCCCGAACUAGCUCGCAAGUUUUUAAAUCUUAGUACGCACCUGUCCGAUGCUCGGGCAACGGAGUAUAGGAGACUCACAAAGCAAUGGGAAGCUGUGGUAGCUGAGACACGUAAUCUUCGGGCGUUCUCGCAGUUUUUGCUCCCACCUUCGUACGAAGACCUGCAAGUGGCAGCACGCCAGGGCCCGAUUAUCAUCCUCAUCGCCAGCCAGAACUCGUGCAGCGCCAUCAUUGUCCCGACAUCAGGAGGCCCCCAUCAUGUUCCUUUGCCAUCCAUCGCUCUCGCAGAUCUGAAGAUUCUCAAGGAUCGCUUCGCCAGGGCAAUACGAGACGCAUCUCGAAUGAGCCCAGCGGAGUCAAGGACGGAUCUAAUAGUACUCCUGCGGAUAAUAUGGGACGAGAUCAUGUUACCCAUCGUCAACGUACUCGAGCACAUCCUCAAACUAAAGCACCACUCUCGAAUCUCGUUAUGUCCAACUGCAGAUUUCACGUCCAUUCCUCUCCAUGCAGCUCACCCGUUCCAAACAAAGGCAGAUCGUUCUGGCAAGGAGCCAUGCCUGGAAGAUCUCUACAUCUGUUCUUACACGCCGACACUUUCAGCUCUAAUCAGAUCUAGACAGUUGAUGAAGAAGCGCGUGCCUCCGUCCUUUGUGGCGAUUGGACAAGGUCAACCGGGUGCAGGGAAAGGCAAGGCGCUAUUGGCUAUCGACAGCGAGCUCGAGCUUGUCCGUAAGCUCAUCCCCACAACUGCCAACUGCACCACUAUUUCUGGCGACGCAGCCACACGAGCAGGUGCACACUCAACUUUGCAGCAGAACACCUGGGUGCACCUUGCUUGUCAUGAGAAACAGGACCCUACGCAGCCUGACAAUUCGCAUUUUGUUAUGAGAGACGAACGUUUGACGCUGCUCGAUAUUGUGGACAGAGACAUUCCGCAGGCUGAGUUCGCGUUCUUAUCUGCUUGUCAUACCGCCAUCGGUGAUGAGAAGACAUCCGAGGAAGUGGUUUACCUUGCAGCUGGUCUCCAGUUUUCAGGGUUCAAGAGCGUCGUUGGCACGUUGUGGGAGGUCGACGAUGCCAUCGCAAAACACGUCGUUGAAGCUUUCUACACGUACAUGUUUGGAGAUUUGAAAGAUGGUGGUGUCAUGGACUGUACGAAGGCGGCUUGGGCACUCAACUGUGCUACACACGCCGUGAAGACGAAAGUGCCGCUCGAGCAGAGGAUGGUUUUUGUUCAUAUCGGU